CAGUCAUAUGAACAUUCUUAUUAAAAAGGGAGGUGUAGUGUGACUUUUAAAGAACAAACAAGUCGAAGCAAACUAACCCAAAUCAUUUCACAAUUCAACUCGCACAAAUAAAUAUCAAAUAUCAUUAUCAAAAGACCUUGAUGGCAUUCUUUGUCACUUCAGUUCAUUACUACUUAAACCAUUUCACUUUCAAUGCCAAGACCACCCAAUGCCUAAUUGCCGACAAAGCAGUAUUUGUCAUCAACGGCAUGGUCACCGCUUCUUCCCCCAAGCUCCAACCAUUUCAACACCAAUGAUUACAAAGUAAAUGGAAAGGGUAAGUAUCUUCGCUAUGGAAUUUCGCCGACUUUGCUGCUGCGACCUCAUAUAUGUACAUCUAGGAAUAUCCGGGCAAUGCAGUAGUACCUAUAUGCCGAGCCAUGAUGUGCAGUCAGUGCCAUCGCAAUGCCCACCAACCGAGCUUACACUACACGCAGAUUUUGCUUGGGGGUCCGAUCAGGAUAUAGCUAUUCCGAAAGAACUACUUUUAUCUGAAGGUUUUGGUCGUAGUAAGUUACUUUUAGAGAUCGGCAAACGUUUGUUUAACGAACCGCGUUAUAUAAACGAAGUUUGUGUAGAUGAUGUUGCCACACCUCGUCGCGCUAAACGAGUUAUAGAUAUGAUGAAGAAUGCACUACAAAAAAAAAUAAUAGAAUUAUAAAGAAACUACAAGAUAAUAAAAGAUGUUUAUGGAAGAAGGUGAAGUACGCAGAAGAACUAAUAAUGCAUUAGUAUUAAAUUAAAAUAUUAGUAAAUAAGU